CGAGCGGAUAAUUUCAUCAUGCUUGAGGAUGAGAGAACAUCGCCGUGAUGUUACAUCGAAGCGCUUCGUCGCGACGCCGGCGAGCGUCGCCAAACGUGGCAAAUUCAAGUCAGCCGGCAUCCUCGACGAUGCGAGGUCGACGAGCGAGCGUAGCGACUGAGAAACCCCUCAUCUUACCACCAAGUAGCCCCGGCGGAACGAUGGAAAGGCAGCGGUCGCCGAGGGGUAGCAUAGUGCCGAAUAUCGCUCUAGAUACCGAGAGCGACUCUCCUGAUGAAGGAGUCUGUCGUAGGAUCCUGCCGGAUCCUGAACAGUAUGGUACCGGCCGCAACUCCCUGGCGCCCGAGGCGAGCCGCAGCCCGCGAAACUCUCUGAUACCUGACGAUUAUUGCAGAAGCCCGCGAGGCUCCCUAAUACCGGACUCGAGCAGGAGCCCACGUAAUAGUUUAGUACCCGAUAUGGUGCGGUCAUCGCGAAAUAGCUUGACGCCAGAAGUCUCUCUUAGUCCGCGUCACUCUCUCGUGCCGGACUCAGCACUUAGCCCGAGAAAUUCUCUGGUGCCGGAUGUGGCCUAUAAUCGGAGUCCACGGAACAGUAUGGUGGCGAUUGGCGGCUCUAGAAUAUCCCUCUUACCGGAAAAUGGUAACGCGAUCGCGGCCGCCAGUCGUAGUCCCAGACAUUCGUUAGUACCGGACACGACGAGAAGUCCGCGAGGCAGCAUGGCAAAUUUGGAUUUCGACCGAAGUCCACGUGGCUCGAUAUGUCCGGAAUUGCACAGAGCAUCCAGGAGUAAUAUUACGCCUAUGGAAGUUCCAGAUAGAAGUCCACGCGGUUCGAUAGUCUCGGAGUGUCUGAAUCAGAGUCCUCGCGGCUCCAUCGCACCUGAUCCCAACAGAUCUCCUAGAGGAUCGAUAGUGCCGGACGCAAAUCGAUCUCCACGUGGAUCGAUAUGUCCGGAGGGCAGCAAUAGAAGCCCGAGAGGAUCGAUCGCGCCGCAUGAUCAGACAAACCGAUCGCCACGCGGAAGCAUAGGCAUGAACGACGUCGAAAGACAUUCGAAAGGAGCUGUUAACGACGACGAAACCAGAAGUCCCAGAGGAAGCAUCGGGCCUGAGGGAAUCAACAGAAGUCCUAGGGGUAGUCUCGGAGGACAUCAAGAUAGAAGGGCGCCGAGAGGCAACCUGGGCUUGCAAGAUCCUAGAAGAGCUUCCGCAGAUCAAGGGAGCACGAGAAACCGAAGUUCCUCGCCUUAUCGCCAAAGAGAAGUGAGCUCGGGAAGCGUCAGAUCGGGCGGAAGCGGUGGCGCACAGGUCAAUCUAGGAUACGGAACGAACGCCUGGGCCGAUUCCAGGCGAGCUAGCAGCUCCGUUUCACAGCUUUCAGGCGAUGAGUCGCGCCGGCUUUGCGCCAGUGGCGUGAAGGCACCCGAAAAGGGCGAUGCAGAGGCUGCGAAUCUCGGUGUAGCAACCUAUGGCUCGGUCGUGUUUCAGUUGAAAGACGCUCAUCUCGAGGCAAACGGCAUCUGCGACUUCGUCUUUCGCGCUUUGAGAGUCAUCAGCAAGACGAUGACGUUCACUAUAUGUCUGACCUGUUUGUCCACUGUGCCUAUUUUGAUGUUCAUCUUCGGUGUGCAGUUCAUUAAGGAUUGCCCUAAAGAGCCAUACAUUCCCGUGUACAUGCUGAUCGGCGGAGUUCUGGGCGCCGUGCGUAUGUUUUGGGCGCUGUAUUCACAGAUACGCUCUCGGAGGCCGGAAGUCUCGUCCCAUUCCGGCAACAGACCACAUGUCUCGCCUAUGAAAUUACUCUCCAUAGUUUUAUCGUGCUUCCUGGUCGCGUGGUUCGUGUUAGGACAUUACUGGAUACUGCAUGCAAUGUGGCCGGAAUACGAAUUUUCGUUGUACACGCCCAAUAGGUGGUGUCAUAAGACGCUUUAUAUUUUUUCUUUAGUUCAUCUGUUCGUAGUGUACGCGGUUUUAUUUCUAAUAUUAAUAGUGGCAGUCGGCCUGGCUUUCUGCAGAAUUUUGGAAUGCCCUUUACCAGAAAGAUACAAAUAACCACGGCGAUCCGUUCGCCAGAAUAAAAUCCGUGAGAAGAAGAAAAAAAAGUUUGCGGUUGGCAGUGGAGUUAGCGGCUGGAGUUUAGACAGACACGUUCUGGAGGAUCUGGAGGAGGAGGACGACGAUGACGACGGUACGCAGAGCGACGUUGAUCUAAACGAAGACAAUUGCGGCAAUAAGAUCGUGCAAGAAGUGAAGUUUUGCAGCAAAGUGCAGUUUCGCGCGCCGGAUAUCAUCGAGCUGUGAUGAAUAAAUGAUGUCGCAAUGGAAGGAAUGGGAGAGACGUCUUGCUACCCCAGCGGCGGAAGGACUCCGGAGACAGGAUGCCGGCAAAAGCGAUUCGUGAGCUGAAAAACUUUCUCGUGCUAACGAGGAUGCUAGCCGCAGGGUUAGGAUUUGUGAGACGGAAGAGAAUGGCGAGGAGAAACGGAUAAUGAGGUCGCUAAAGAAAAGCGUCGCCAAAGGUCGACAAGGGUGUAUCACUUUCGUAAAUAAUCGAGGU